AUGGCCAGCACGUUAAGCCCCAGUACCAUGACUGGGACCCUGGGUCCUCCUGAGAUGUCAGAGCGCAUCCAAAAUGCUGCUGACAUCUCUGUCAUUGUCAUCUAUUUCAUGGUGGUGAUGGCUGUCGGGCUGUGGGCAAUGCUGAAGACCAACCGGGGCACUGUUGGAGGCUUCUUCUUGGCUGGUCGAGAUAUGACCUGGUGGCCGAUGGGUGCCUCUCUCUUCGCCAGUAAUAUCGGCAGUGGCCACUUUGUGGGGCUGGCUGGGACGGGAGCAGCUUCAGGAAUCGCCACUGCAACAUUUGAAUGGAAUGCUUUGCUGCUGUUGCUGGUUCUAGGAUGGUUCUUUGUCCCCAUAUACAUCAAGGCAGGGGUGAUGACUAUGCCAGAAUAUCUGAGGAAGAGGUUUGGUGGGAAGCGACUCCAGAUCUACCUCUCUGUCCUCUCCCUCUUCAUCUGUGUGGCUCUGAGAAUCUCAUCAGACAUAUUUUCUGGAGCCAUAUUCAUCAAGCUGGCCUUGGGAUUGGACCUUUACCUGGCAAUCUUCAUCCUCUUGGCUAUAACUGCUAUUUACACGAUCACUGGGGGCUUGGCCUCAGUUAUUUACACAGACACCCUCCAGACCAUCAUCAUGCUGCUAGGUUCCUUUAUUCUCAUGGGGUAUGCAUUUGCUAAAGUGGGAGGCUAUGAGAGUUUUACAGAGAAGUACAUGAAUGCCAUCCCAUCCAUAGUUGAGGGGGACAACCUGACAAUCAAUCCCAAGUGCUACACUCCUCAGGCUGACUCCUUUCACAUCUUCCGAGAUGCUGUCACUGGAGAUAUUCCAUGGCCAGGAAUGAUAUUUGGAAUGACCAUUGUUGCUGUGUGGUACUGGUGCACAGAUCAGGUUAUUGUGCAGCGCUGCCUAUCAGGCAAGAACAUGUCUCAUGUGAAAGCUGCCUGCAUCAUGUGUGGGUACCUGAAGCUGCUGCCCAUGUUCCUCAUGGUAAUGCCAGGAAUGAUCAGCCGCAUCCUAUACACAGAGAAGGUGGCCUGUGUUGUACCUUCUGAAUGUGUGAAACAUUGUGGCAUUGAAGUCGGUUGUACUAACUAUGCCUACCCAGUGAUGGUGCUGGAACUGAUGCCUGAUGGACUGCGAGGUCUGAUGCUGUCAGUCAUGUUGGCCUCUCUCAUGAGCUCCAUGACCUCCAUCUUCAACAGUGCUAGCACCCUCUUUACCAUGGACCUGUACACCAAGAUUAGGAAACAGGCAUCAGAGAAAGAGCUUCUUAUAACAGGACGGCUAUUUAUCAUUCUAUUAAUUGCCAUCAGCAUUUUGUGGGUCCCAUUAGUGCAGGUAUCUCAAAAUGGACAACUAUUCCAUUAUAUAGAAUCAAUUUCUAGCUACCUUGGGCCUCCAAUUGCGGCUGUCUUCCUGCUUGCCAUCUUCUGUAAAAGAGUCAAUGAACAGGGAGCCUUCUGGGGUCUAGUCAUUGGACUUGUGAUUGGCCUUAUUCGCAUGAUUGCAGAGUUUGCCUAUGGAACAGGAAGUUGCUUGGCUGCCAGUGACUGUCCCAAGGUCAUCUGUGGAGUGCACUAUCUGUACUUUGCCAUCAUCCUCUUUUUUGUUUCCAUACUAGUUGUCCUAGGAAUUUCCCUGUUAACAAAACCCAUUCCUGAUGUACAUCUGUAUCGUCUGUGCUGGGCUCUUCGGAAUAGUACAGAGGAACGAAUUGAUUUAGAUGCAGAAGAGAAAAGACAUGAGGAAGUUGAUAAUGAUGUUGAUGAAGAUAAUCCUGAGGAACCUCAUGGAUGUCUCAAGAAGGCUUAUGACUUAUUCUGCGGUUUGCAGAAGAAAAGCCCCAAGUUGAGCAGAGAGGAGGAAGAAGCCCAGAAAAAGAAGCUGACAGACACAUCUGAGAAGCCUUUAUGGAGGGCUAUAGUGAAUGUCAAUGCCAUUCUUCUCCUGGCAGUGGCUGUCUUUGUCCAUGGGUAUUUUGCCUGA